CCCGUCCCACCCCACGCUGGGACCCCGGGUGACAUCGGUGUCCUUGGCCAAGCACCCCGGAUCGCAGGUCGUCUGCCACGAGCCCCAGCGCCAUCAUGACUGGGCUGUUAAAGAGGAAGUUUGACCAGCUGGAGGAGGACUUCUGCUCUUCGUCCUCCUCAUCCUCGAGCUGCCUCUCUUGCUCCUGUUCCCCCAGUUCUUCUGCUUCCCUUGCUUGGGACUCGGAUGAGGAGAAACCUUGGGGUCAAGCAACUCAGCCUGAUCACAACCUCAGUGGCCUCCAAAAUUUCACCCCUCUUUCCAUCUUGAAGCGGGCUCCCCGGGAGCGCCCAGGCCACGUAGCCUUCGGCGGCAUCACGGUCUACUACUUUCCGAGGUGCCAGGGAUUCACCAGUGUGCCCAGCCGUGGUGGCUGCACCUUGGGCAUGGCUCCUCGCCACAGUGCCAGCCGCCUCUUCUCCUUGGCUGAGUUUUCCCAAGAGCAAGCCUGGGCUCGGCGCGAGAAGCUUCGCCAGGUCUUGAAGGAGGAGAAGCUAGAGAAGCUGUCAUCAGCUGGGGCAUCUGAGGCUGAGGCAGGCCUGCCCCUCACAGCGAAUGCCAUCGAUGACGCCUCGGUGGAGGAGGACUUGGCAGUGGCCGUGGCCAGAGGCCGAUUGGAGGAAGUGAACUUCCUGCAGCCCUACCCUCCUCGGAAACGCCGAGCCCUGCUUCGGGCUUCGGGUGUGCGGAGGAUCGAUCGCGAGGAGAAGCGGCAGCUGCAGGCCCUGCGCCAGUCACGGCAGGACUGCGGCUGUCGUUGCGAUGGGGUCUGUGACCCUGACACGUGCAGCUGCAGCCUGGCGGGCAUCAAGUGCCAGAUGGAUCACACGACGUUCCCCUGUGGCUGCUGCCGGGAGGGCUGUGAGAAUCCCAGCGGCCGGGUGGAGUUCAAUCAGGCCCGAGUUCAGACUCACUUCAUCCAUACGCUCACCCGUCUGCAGCUAGAGCAAGGGGCCGAGAGUCUGGGGGAGCUGGAGGCUCCUGCCCAGGGAGCUCCCCCCAGCCCUGUGGAGCAGACCUUGGUCUCUGCUUUCCCCCUGGUCAAGUCGCCGGGGAGCAGUGAAUCGGGGGACAACAGCUGCAGCAGUGACAUGACCACAGAGUCGUCGUCCUCUUCCGGCAGCCACGAGGCUCCGCACCACCCUGCCUGUGCCAGCCUGCCAGGCCCCGGCUGCCAGCCUGGAGUCGAUGACAACAGCCUGGCACAGAUCCUGAGCCUCAGUGAUUCUGACCUGGGUGGUGAGGAGGACGACGAGGAGGGUCAGGGAGUGGGGAACCUGGACAACCUCAGCUGCUUCCAGCUGGCUGACAUCUUUGCUCCUGGUGACCUGGGUGGCUUGACCAGUAGGACCCUGAGCCAGUCUGGCUGCAGCCUCGUGCCGGGCAUCCUGGAUGAGAAUGCCAACCUGGAUGCCAGCUGCUUCUUAAAUGGGGGACUUGAAGGGUUGAAAGAAGGCAAUCUCCCCGGAACCUCAGUGUCCCCUGGGGUGGACGCGGGCCAGAGCAUCUCCUUGGACCUCAGCUUGUCAUCCUGUGACUCUUUUGAGCUGCUCCAGGCUCUGCCGGAUUACAGCCUGGGGCCUCACUAUUCUUCCUAUAAGGCGCCUAACAACCUAGAGGCUCUGCAUGGCCCCCUGGCCAGCCUCUCUCCACCAAGGGAUGCCAGCACUUGCUUCCUGGAGUCCCUCAUAGGCUUGCCGGAACCGGCCACUGAAGUCCUGGCUCCUCUUCUCGACAGCCAGUUUGAGGAUGCCACCCUGCCACCCCUGAUGGAACCGGUCUCUGUGUGAGAUUAGGGUGCCUUCUUCCCAUCCCAACAGCCCCGUUGCUGCUUAAUUUAAAUUUUUUUUUUUUUGAGGCUCCCCUCUAGAUCUGUAUGUAUGUAACAGUCUCCCAUGGGCUGGCCCAGCCACAUGUACCAUGUGGGAAACUCCUUAUUUUUAUAUUAACACUCUGAAUGUAUUUAUUUUUGUUAACUUUUCUGGGCUGAAGAGAGUGGGGGAGGGCUUCCCCUUUCCGACGCCUGGCCCCCCUUCCUAUGCCCAUGCAGGGCUCUGCCCACCUCCCAGCGUGUGCCAAGCAGGGGAGGAGGCGGCAGCAGGGCCCUCUUGGAAUCUCACAGGUCGGUUUCCAUGUCUGUAAAAUGCUUCUUGACCCAGAGACAAUGUGUCAGAGCUAAAGCCAGGCACUUGAUGUCGCGGAGCCCUGGACCCCAUGGGUGGCUGCGUCUCAAGGACUGUGAAGACUAGUAAUUUAUUUUUGUAAUUUAUUUGGGGACUGAGACACUGUUGGUUGUGCCUCUCUGGCUGGUGGGCAAGUGUUGGGGUAGAGUUUUGUUUUGUUUUGGAUUUUUUUGUACUGUACCCUGCCCUGUGUGUGGGUUUGAACCCAUGGCCAACAGCUGCCUGGCCCCUUGGAAGGCUGGGCAGACGCAGGCUGUGCUAUCUGACCAAAAGCCCCUUCUGCCCUGCCCCCUCACUUCCUUUCCCACCCCUUCUGCCCGCCCUGGAUCACCUCCUCAGGGCUUUGUGGGCACUGAACUCCAUCCUGGCCCACUGUGUGUGUGCCCCCCAGACCAGUUGGUAAGGGGCACCUCCUUAGGGCUUUUAUGCUCUUCGUCAACUGAUGUUGAAUUUUGUAUACAUUUUUAUAUUGUCUCUAAGUGUUAGAACUAUAAUUUAUUCAUAUCUCUGUUUGUCUGUGCCAAGAAACCCAGGCUCUGGGCCUGCCCCUUGCCCAGGAGGUCUUGCCCAGCCUGCGUGCUUGUGGGAACAUAUUGUACCUGUGCUGACAGGUACCAAUAAAGAGGCUUUAUUUUUAA